AUGUGGAUGCGACGAGGUGAAGAUCGGGUUGUUUUAUUGUUUGGCAUGUGCUUAUUUAUUAUUGUUAUGGACUGAUACGAAGUAUCGAUAAAAAUCCAGAGGGCUGGUAACGAAAGGAUAGUUUAUGUGGUUGAAUCGUUGAAAGAAAGACUAUUGUCGUUCUACAGUAACAAUGGACCUCCUAAACAUAUCAUCAUUUACAGAGAUGGUAUAUCAGAGAGUGAGUUCGUGAACACGGCUCGAGAGGAGUUGACGUCGGUGAUGGCUGCGUGCAGGAGUCUGGACAGUGAGUAUAGACCGACGAUAUCUUAUGUGGUGGUGCUCAAGAAACAUCACACCAGGUUCUUUGUGCAGAAUGAAUGUGAUGCGAAGUGCGUAUUAUUUAUAUUAUUAUUAUUAUUAUUAUUAUUAUUAUUAUUAUUGUUAUUAUUACAAUUAGAAUGA